AUGUAUCACUACUCUCACUCCCAGCAGCAGCCCUACCAUCAGCAACAUAAGCACCCGCAACAACCACAGCAGCAACAACAUCUGCACCAGCACCAGCACCAACAUCAUCACCAACAGCCCCCUGCUCCUGGGCCUCAACGUCACCAUCUCAAUCACGCCCGCCAUCCUCAGCAUCCACCCCCGCAUCACGCUCACCCACAACCGCAACAACAUCCGCCCUACGCUCAACAACCACUCCCUCCUUCCAACCGAUCCGAUAUGCAGAAUCAUCAUCACGCGCAACAGCAGCAGCCGUCAUUCAACGGUGCACUGCCACCUAGACCGUCAACGCGCAGCUCUGCGAUUCCCAUCAUAGCACCUGCCUCUACUCCACCUCCUGGCGCUAGCCCUAAGCCUGGCAUUACCUACGGAGCGGCAACUGCAGCCGGCACACAAUCGCAGCAGCAACCAGACGCAUCCAAGUCUCCUGUAUUCGCCAAUGCCGGUGCAAAGUCGCGAAAACCAUGUCGCAAUGUAGCUAUCUACGGUCACUGCAAGUACCAAAACGACGGCUGCUCUUUCGACCACUCGGAAGCCUCUGAAAGCUCCGCCACCGAUGCCCACUCGUCCGCACAGACACCAAAGUCACCCGUAGCUCAGUUCUCUUCCGGUCUCUCGGCUACUUCAGCUUCUCCUCUCAACUCGCCGGCAAAGUCUCGAGGCGGCGUCAAUGCCCCCUCCAGUCCCUUCAAAGGCGCACUUAGUGCUCGCAACGUUGCAGCUGCCGUCUUUGUGCCAAAGACAAACGGUAGCUCAUCUCCAUCCCUCUCCGCUGCAUCCAUAGCUCCAACUCCAAGAUCAGGUCUCGACAACCUCACAAACGACGUCAACGAGAUCAGGGUCCACUCAUCUAACAGUAGCACCAGCAAAGAGUUUACACCAGCCGGCUUCACACAGAACGGUCCAGCCACGCCCAACAUGUACACCGCCAACUAUGACGUCGAUCCUAUCCACAGCUCUUUCGACCCACAUCAAUCUGGAUCCGGAGCAGGCUUGUCGCAUGACACUCACAUGGGCUCGUCGACUCCGUCCGGUAGUGCUCCUCCUUCGCUUCUGGCACAGGCAGCUCGUCCGUACAAUCCUUACGAGCACAUGAACGAGUUUGGUGAUCCCAACCCACCUCCGGGUCCGCCCGGACUCGGGCUUGGUGGAGGUAUGGACUACUACUCCGCGGCAGCUAAUGGCGCCGCCAAGAUCCGUCAACCGCUUCACUACCACCUCUAUGCACCACCUCUCCCUCACGUCUCCAACUUGCACCCUCAUCACCUCACUGCCAACGCCUUCUUCCUCAACCCAAACCAGCGUGAAGAGCUUCAGCGCAAGCAAGAGGCAAUGUUGGCCAGUGUCCCUCCUCCCGAACUCGGAGGCCCCAAUCUUCCUGAGGAGCUGCAUGUCUACCACUCCCUCGUACCUCUCGAGCAUCCAGGUCCAGGUGCACCCUCUACCAUGGGUAUGCCUCCUGGUCUCAUCGAUCCUCGGAUGGGUGCGCCGGGUGCCAACGGAGCGACAGGUGCAUCAGGUGAUCACAGCAAGGUGUUCGGAUACCGGAGUCACUCGUACAAAGCCACUUGCACACUCGAUGGAAAGCGAUACGUACUCCGCAGGCUCGAAGGUUUCCGUCUUCAGCACGAGGCCGCCAUUGGAUUGGUAGAGCGAUGGCGUCGCAUCCGCCAUCCCAGCAUUGUCAGCGUACGUGAAGCUUUCACAACGCGCGCCUUCGGCGACCAGUCGAUCGUCUUUGUCUAUGAUUACCAUCCAUUGUCGACGACACUUUAUGCGGAGCACAUGACGAUCAAGGCAGCCCAACCCGACCGUCGGACUGGACGACUGCAGCCCGUCUCUAUGCAGGUGCCAGAACGUACAUUGUGGAGCUAUCUCUGCCAGCUGACGUCGGCUUUGCGAUCGAUCCACUCGAGCAACCUGGCAGCUCGAUGUAUCGAAGCAAGCAAAGUGCUACGCACAGGCAAGAAUCGCGUUCGCAUCAAUUGCUGUUCCGUCUUCGACGUCAUCGCCUACAACCCGGAUGAGUCUGGCUCCGAGGCGUUGAAGGCACAGCAGCUCGAAGAUCUGGUCAACCUCGGUGCGCUCAUCGUCGGGAUUGGCCUCAAUAGCAUCUCUGCCACCAACGACAUUGCAGCCAGCCUUGCCAUGUUUGCCGGCCGCUAUUCGGCUGAGCUCAAGAACGUCGUGGCUUGGUUGGUCGGUCAAUCUCCUGCUCCUCGCGACGCAAACGAGGAAACGAGCCAAGUACCUCGAACAGUCAAUGAGCUAGUCAAGACGCUCGGUAUUCACUGUUCCGACGAGAUGGAUUCUGCACUCAACUACACUGACUUGAUGGAAAACUCGUUGAUGAAGGAACUGGAGAAUGCAAGGCUCGUGCGGUUGCUUUGCAAAUUUGGAUUUAUCAACGAACGACCCGAGUUCGACCACGAUCCUCGAUGGGCCGAGACAGGCGAUCGAUACGUGAUCAAGCUUUUCCGCGAUCAUGUCUUCCACUCGGUCGACGAAGCAGGACGACCCGUCGUGGACCUCAGCCAUAUUCUCACCAACUUGAACAAGCUAGAUGCGGGAACGGAUGAGAAGAUAAUGCUGACAUCAAGGGACGAACACAGUUGUCUGGUGGUCAGCUACCGAGAGAUCAAGAAUUGCAUCGAGAGCGCUUUCCAAGACUUGUCCCGAACAAGGUAA